AUGUAUAAAUAUGAUUUUCUGAAGGAUGUCAGUCCUGUCAAGGAGGACUGGAGGAUUAAGGUGAAGGUGGUUCGGGCUUGGAAAGUUCCUAACUUUCAACGUAAAGAUCAAGACGACAACGUUGGAAUGGUUUUGUUGGAUGAACAAGGUGGUAGGAUCCACGCCACUGUCAAAGGUUCUUUGCCGGUGCGGAAGAAAAUCCAUGAAGGAGACUGCUAUUUUAUCAAAAAAAUUGGAGUUGGAUUCAAUAGCGAAGUGUUCAGGCCUACCAGGCAUCAGUAUCGUUUGUCUUUCAAUUUGAGGACUGAUCUUAGAUCAAUUGUUGAUUCUAAUAUUUGUGCGAGUGAAUUUGAUUUUGUUAAUUAUGACAUCAUUGAGAAAGAAACAUCUGACUCACCUUAUUUAGUGGACGUCAUUGGUUUAAUAUCAGGAAUUGGUGAAGUUUGUGAACGUGUGGUUUCUUGUAGGAAGACCAAAAUGGUUGUGUUGGAGCUUGACAACCUCAGUCUCACGUCUGAUGGUGUUGAGAGUAGUUUGCGGAUGACUCAGUUGUCUACUCAGUCAUCCUAUUCUUACGAAAAUGAUUUUCUGAAGGAGACUGAAAAGAAGUCUAUCAGUGAUGUGAAGCUUUGUGGCGAGGUUACAACUUGCAUCACGUAUGGGACUAUAAAAUCUGUUGAGAGCAAAUACAACUGGUGGUACAAGUCUUGCAAAAAAUGUCCAUUCUCUGUUUUAGAGGAUUUUGAAAAAUUUAGUGUUCAGGUAAGAGUCGUGGAUAACACGGAUUCCACAUCAUUUCUUCUGUUUGAUCGCGACUGUGUGUCUUUGCUGAGGAUGAGUGCUGCUGAACUGCGCGAGCUGCAUUUCAAAAGGGGUGCGAAUUUGGAUCAAUUUCUAGAUGAGUUAAAUGUUUUGAAUGAGAAGUCCAUGCUGUUCAAGCUAAAUAUCAAACAAAAGGAUUUGAACUCAUACAGCGAGCCCACGUAUCAAGUUUCUAAAAUUUGUAGCAACGAAAAGAUAAUCUCAUCGUUCCUUGAGUCUCUUAACUCUGACGUCAAUCCAGAUGAUGAAGCAAAUUUUGAGGAUGCACGCGAAAAUGAAGGUGGAUCAUCAGGACCGGAAAAGGUUGCGGAUGUUGAGAGUCAGACCUGUGAUAGUACUGACGUUGGUGAUAUCUCUCUCACAAUGUUGACACCAUUGAUCCAUUCUCAUGAUUCCAUUGCUGGAGAAUUCAAUCUUUCAGCUGUUCGGAUAGCCAAGAAGAUAAAGCUUGAAAAAGAACAAGAUCUUUACUGA